AUGUCUGCCGCCGAACCUGCCAACGCUCCCGCCAGCGCAUCCCAGUUGCCCGCUGGUAUCACCGAUCCCAACUAUAAGCCUCUUCCGGGUCGUCUCGGAAAUCUUACGGUCCCCCAGCAACAUGCUCUCGAUACCCUCAAGAAAGAGUUGGAGGCGGAGGGCAAGUUUGUGCCGGAGAGGAUGGACGAUGCUUACCUUCUAAGGUUCCUCCGUGCACGAAAAUUCGACCUACCAAAAGCCAAGGCCAUGCUCCUUGCUGCCGAACAGUGGAGGAAAGACUUUGGUGUAGAUGAUAUCACCAGCAACUUUGACUUCAAGGAGAAAGAGGAGGUCGACAAGUAUUACCCCCAAUACUAUCACAAGAUGGACAAGGAUGGCCGCCCGAUCUACAUCGAACGUCUCGGAAAGCUCGACAUCAAGGCCCUUUAUGCGCUCACCACCCAAGAACGUCAACUCCAACGCCUCGUCUUCGAAUACGAGAAAUUCCUCACCGAGCGUCUGCCCGCCUGCUCCGCUGCCAUCGGCCACCCCGUCGAAACCUCCUGCACGAUCCUAGACCUCUACAACGUCUCCAUGUCGAACUUCUACCGUGUCAAGGACUACGUCAUGCAGGCCUCCAGCAUCGGCCAGGAGCGCUACCCGGAGACGAUGGGCAAGUUCUACAUCAUCAAUGCACCGUGGGCGUUCAGCGCGGUCUGGGCCGUGAUCAAGCCGUGGUUGGACGAGGUGACGGUGGCGAAGAUCGAUAUCUUGGGCAGCGGGUACAAGGACAAGUUGUUGGCACAGAUCCCGAAGGAGAACCUGCCUGUGGAAUUUGGGGGUACUUGCCAGUGCCCUGGUGGGUGCAGUUUGAGCGAUGCUGGACCGUGGUCAGAGUCGAAGGGUGCGCCGGCGGCUUGA